AUGGAUGUGACCACGGCCCCGCACCGCAUCCCAGCGGAAAUGCCCCAGUACGGGGAGGCGAAUCACAUCUUCGAGUUGAUGCAGAACAUGCUGGAGCAACUCCUGAUCCACCAGCCCGAGGACCCCAUCCCCUUCAUGAUCAAGCACUUGCGUCGCGAUAACGAUAAUGUGCCGAAGAUUGUAAUACUAGGUCCACCCGCCUCGGGGAAAACAACUAUAGCAAUGUGGCUUUGCAAACACCUGAACAGCAAUCUCGUCAGCAAGGAGAACUUGGUAGUAAGAGAGUUGUCCUUCCUGACCGCUGAAGCCAGGAAGCAUUAUCAGAGAACCAAGACAGUUCCCAGCACGCUGCUCGUCCAGCUGAUCGAGGAACGCCUGGCCGAAGAGGACUGCGUCAAGCGGGGCUGGAUCCUGGACAGCAUCCCUGAGACGCGGGAGCAGGCGCUGAUGAUCCAGAGCCGGGGCGUCAUCCCCAGACACGUCAUCGUGCUGAGCGCCCUGGACACGGUCCUGAUCGAGAGAAACCUGGGGAAGAGAGUCGACCCUCAGACGGGAGAGAUUUAUCACACCACCUUUGACUGGCCCCCUGAAUCUGACACCCAGAACCGCCUGGUGGUGCCGGGGGGCAUCUCGGAGAUGGAGACGGCCCGGAAGCUGCUGGAGUACCACAGGAACAUCGUCGGGAUCAUCCCUUCUUACCCCAAAAUCCUGAAAGUCAUCAGUGCUGACCAGCCGUGCGUGGACGUCUUCUACCAGGCUCUGACCUAUGUCCAAACCCACCAUCGAUCCAACGCCCCGUUCACCCCAAGGGUGCUGCUGUGUGGGCCCACGGGCAGUGGGAAAAGUCUGCAGGCAGCCCUCCUGGCCCAGAAAUACGGCCUCGUCAACGUCUGCUGCGGGCAACUGCUGAAAGAGGCCGUGGCAGGCAAGACACAAUUUGGCGAGCUCAUCCAGCCCUUUUUUGAAAAGGAGAUGGCAGUUCCCGACAGCCUCGUGGUGAAGGUGCUGAGCCAGCGCCUGGACCAGCAGGACAGCAUUCAGAAAGGGUGGGUGCUGCACGGCUUCCCGCGAGACCUGGACCAGGCGCACAUGCUGAACAGCCUGGGCUACGAUCCCAACAGGGUGUUUUUCCUGAAUGUGCCACUCGAUUCCAUCAUCGAGCGGCUGACGCUGAGAAGAAUUGAUCCGGUUACAGGAGAAAGGUACCACCUGCUGUACAAGCCGCCUCCGACCGUGGAGAUCCAGGCUCGUCUCCUGCAGAACCCAAAGGAUUCCGAAGAGCAGGUCAAGCUCAAAGUCGACCUGUUCUACAGGAACUCUGCCGACCUGGAGCAGUUCUACCGGCGGGCCGUCACCCUCAACGGGGACCAGGACCCCUACACAGUCUUCGAAUACGUAGAGAGUGGGAUCAUUAACCCCCUGCCCAAGAAAAUCCCCUGAUGGGUUCCCAGCAUUCCCCAGGGAGACAAGUUAAUCCCCUACCCCCUUCUGGAAAUCUCCGCUAGGCCAAUAAAGAGUGCUGG